CAUCAAUCCUUUCACAAUGGCAAAUCCGGAUUUUAUAAUACUCCUACUGCUUAUUAUACACCUCUUUGCCGCCUCUCCUCCAGUUUCUGCUUCCCUUUUCAACGCUACAAAUACCCAUUCAUCAUUGCCUGCAAAUAAUUUGCAAAUAGCAAAUGAAGUGGCUUCUCUGUUAACAUGGAAGUCUAGCCUCGACCUCAAAAGUCAAAAACUAUUGUCAUCCUGGGUUGUUGGUAGCAAUCACUGCAAUUGGAUUGGAAUUGACUGCAACACUGAUGGAAGCAUUAUAAGCUUGAACCUUACUGGUUAUGGCUUACGAGGCCAGAUCUCUCAAGAAAUUGGAUUGUUAAAAUCUCUUGUGGUGUUUGAUCUUUCAUCAAAUGCUCUUACGGGUCAAAUCCCUACGUUAUUAGGAAACUUGUCAGUGUUGGUAAAUUUAUCUCUAUUUGAAAAUCAACUCUGCGGAUCCAUCCCUAAGGAGAUUGGAAAGUUGAAAUCUCUUCAACAACUACGAUUGUCCCACAACAAUCUAUCCGGCCAAAUCCCUCAAGAAAUUGGAUUAUUAAAAUCCCUUGUAGUGUUUGAUCUUUCAUCAAAUGCUCUUACGGGUAAAAUUCCCCCGGAAAUAGGGAACUUGACAGUGUUGUUAGAUUUAUCUCUAUUUGAAAAUCAACUCUACGAGUCUAUCCCUAAGGAACUUGGAAAGUUGAACUCUCUUCAACUACUACGUUUGUCCCACAACAAUCUAUCCGGCCAAAUCCCUCAAGAAAUUGGCUUGUUAAUUUCACUUGUAGAGAUAGAUUUCCGGUCAAAUAGUUUCAGUGGUCAAAUUCCUAUUUCAAUUGGAAACUUGAGGAAUUUGACAAUCUUUUAUCUUGACCAGAAUCAAUUGAGUGGCAAUAUUCCUCAAGAAAUAGGGAACUUGACAAAUUUGGUAUAUUUAUCAUUACUUGAAAAUCAACUCUAUGGAUCCAUUCCUAGGGAGGUGGGAAAAUUGAAAUCUCUUCGAGGGUUAUGGUUAUAUUCAAAUUACUUUAGUGGUCAAAUCCCUUCAGAAAUAGGUAACUUGUCAAAGUUGAUAUUAUUACCCUUACAAGAGAAUCAACUUCAUGGAUCCAUCCCGAAUGAGUUCAGGAACCUUCAAAAUUUAAAAUUCUUGUCUGUCAACACCAACAAUCUAUCAGGCCAGAUCCCUCAAAAAAUUGGGUUGUUAAAAUCUCUUGUGGUGUUUGAUCUUUCAUCAAAUGCUCUUACGGGUCAAAUCCCUACUUCAAUUGGGAAUUUGUCAAUGUUGAUAAACUUAAAUCUACAGCUAAAUCAGCUCUAUGGAUCCAUCCCUAAGGAGAUUGGAAAGUUGAAAUCUCUUCAACAACUACGAUUGUCCCACAACAAUCUAUCCGGCCAAAUCCCUCAAGAAAUAGGUAAUUUGUCCAUGUUGAUAAAUUUGGGAUUAUCGUUUAAUGCACUCAUAGGUCAAAUCCCUACAUCACUUUGCAACUUGAGAAAUCUAAAAAUGUUGUAUCUCGGCAAGAAUCAGUUUUCAGGCCACAUCCCUAAAGGUUUUGGGUUGUUAACAUCGCUUCUAAAUUUGGACUUAGGAGAGAAUGCGCUUGCAGGUGAAAUCCCUUCAACAAUUGGGAAUUUGAAAAGUUUAACAGUCUUGCAUCUUCAAAUCAAUAAUCUUUCAGGUCAAAUCCCACAAGAAAUGGGGUUGAUUGUCUCACUUGUAGAGUUGUCAUUGAGUGAAAAUUCUCUCACCGGCCAAAUCCCUACUUCAAUUGGGAAUUUGUCAAUGUUGAUAAACUUAAAUCUACAGCUAAAUCAGCUCUAUGGAUCCAUCCCUAAGGAGAUUGGAAAGUUGAAAUCUCUUCAACAACUACGAUUGUCCCACAACAAUCUAUCCGGCCAAAUCCCUCAAGAAAUAGGUAAUUUGUCCAUGUUGAUAAAUUUGGGAUUAUCGUUUAAUGCACUCAUAGGUCAAAUCCCUACAUCACUUUGCAACUUGAGAAAUCUAAAAAUGUUGUAUCUCGGCAAGAAUCAGUUUUCAGGCCACAUCCCUAAAGGUUUUGGGUUGUUAACAUCGCUUCUAAAUUUGGACUUAGGAGAGAAUGCGCUUGCAGGUGAAAUCCCUUCAACAAUUGGGAAUUUGAAAAGUUUAACAGUCUUGCAUCUUCAAAUCAAUAAUCUUUCAGGUCAAAUCCCACAAGAAAUGGGGUUGAUUGUCUCACUUGUAGAGUUGUCAUUGAGUGAAAAUUCUCUCACCGGCCAAAUCCCUACUUCAAUUGGGAAUUUGUCAAUGUUGAUAAACUUAAAUCUACAGCUAAAUCAGCUCUAUGGAUCCAUCCCUAAGGAGAUUGGAAAGUUGAAAUCUCUUCAACAACUACGAUUGUCCCACAACAAUCUAUCCGGCCAAAUCCCUCAAGAAAUAGGUAAUUUGUCCAUGUUGAUAAAUUUGGGAUUAUCGUUUAAUGCACUCAUAGGUCAAAUCCCUACAUCACUUUGCAACUUGAGAAAUCUAAAAAUGUUGUAUCUCGGCAAGAAUCAGUUUUCAGGCCACAUCCCUAAAGGUUUUGGGUUGUUAACAUCGCUUCUAAAUUUGGACUUAGGAGAGAAUGCGCUUGCAGGUGAAAUCCCUUCAACAAUUGGGAAUUUGAAAAGUUUAACAGUCUUGCAUCUUCAAAUCAAUAAUCUUUCAGGUCAAAUCCCACAAGAAAUGGGGUUGAUUGUCUCACUUGUAGAGUUGUCAUUGAGUAAAAAUUCUCUCACCGGCCAAAUCCCUACUUCAAUUGGGAACUUGCAAACCUUAAAAUUUUUGUAUCUUAAUGACAAUUACUUUUCAAGUCAUAUCCCUCAAGAAAUUGGAUUGUUAAAUUCCCUUGUGGUGUUUGAUCUUUCAUCAAAUGCUCUUACGGGUCAAAUCCCUCCAGAAAUAGGGAAUUUGUCAAUGUUGGUAAACUUAAAUCUACAGCUAAAUCAGCUCUAUGGAUCCAUACCUAAGGAGUUAGGAAAGUUGAGAUCUCUUGAAGGGCUACUGUUGCAUUUUAAUAACCUUGUUGGUCAAAUUCCAUUUGAGUUCAACAAUCUCACUAAUUUGAGGAGUUUUCAAAUUAGCAAUAAUCAUCUCACCGGAUCUUUGCCUGAGAAUAUAUGUUUUGGUCCGUCACUUGAAAAUAUAUCUAUUGCAUACAACGGAUUUAGUGGAAAGAUUCCUAAAAGUCUUAAGAAUUGUACAAGCCUUUACAGAGUCAGGCUGGACGGAAAUGAGAUUUAUGGAGAUGUAUCCACAGAGUUUGGGAUAUAUCCAAACUUAAAUUACAUAGAUUUGAGUUAUAAUAACUUACAUGGCCAUCUGUCUUCAAAUUGGGCUCUUUGUCCAAAACUUACUGCUUUGAAGAUGGCGGACAAUAAAAUUUCUGGAAAUAUCCCACUUGAUCUCGGCAAUGCAUCUGAGUUGCAAUAUAUUGAUCUCUCAUCAAAUCAGUUGGUUGGAAGGAUCCCCGGAAGUUUGGGAAAGUUGAGCAAGUUAUAUAAGCUAAAGUUAGAUAAUAACAAACUUAAUGACAACAUACCACUAGAAGUUGGGGAACUAUCUUUGCUUUCAGAGCUAAACUUAGCUUCAAAUAACUUUGUUGGCUCAAUUCCCCCACAAAUUGGAAGAUGCCAACACUUAAUUACACUGAAUUUGAGCAGAAAUAUGCUAGUGGGCAAGAUUCCUAUUGAUAUGUUAAGCCUGAAAUCCCUUGAAAAUCUGAGUCUUAGUCACAACAUGCUCUCUGAUAAGAUACCACCACAAGUUGGAGGAUUAACCAACUUACAGACAAUGGACUUAUCUCACAAUAAUCUGUCAGGCUCCAUCCCAACAAGCAUUGCUCAAUGUGCAGCAUUAGUUUCUGUUGAUAUAUCUUACAAUCAGUUGGAAGGCCCUAUCCCUAACACUAAAGCAUUUCUACAAGCACCAUAUUCUGCCUUGAGUAAUAACAAAGGUUUAUGUGGUAAUCAUUCUGGCUUAAAGCUCUGCUCCUCACACAGUCAAAUUGAUGACGUGAAAGGAAAUUCAGUUAUAAUCAUAUCAAUAGUCUUGGGAAGUUCAUUCCUAUUGGCUGUGGUUAUUAUCAUUUUUGUUAUUUUCCGACGACCAAUAAGAAAUACAGUGGUGGAGCAAAGAGAUUUUACUAAUGAUUUGUUCACAAUAUGGAGCUUUGAUGGAAAGAUGACAUAUGAAAACAUAAUUGAAGCAACAAGGAACUUCGACUCUAGUUAUUGCAUUGGUGUAGGAGGGCAUGGAAGUGUGUAUAGGGCCGAGCUACCUAGUGGUCAGAUUGUUGCCGUAAAGAAGUUUCACACAUUAGGCAUGCAAGAUGAUGAGAGGCUUGAUCUUAGAAGUUUUUCAAAUGAGAUAAGCACAUUAACAAAUGUUAGGCAUCGGAAUAUUGUAAAGCUCUACGGCUUUUGUGCUCACCAGAGACAUUCAUUCUUGAUUUAUGAGUAUUUACAAGGGGGUAGCCUGGCACACAUUUUGAGUGAUGAUGAAAAAGCACUACAUUUGAGCUGGUUGAAAAGGAUAUAUGUGGUCAAAGCUAUGGCUAAUGCAUUAUCAUACAUGCACCAUGAUUGUUCCCCGCAUAUUGUUCACCGAGACAUUACAAGCAACAAUGUUUUGUUUGAUUCUGAAUAUGAAGCUCAUGUGUCUGAUUUCGGGACAGCAAGGUUUUUGAGCCCUGAUUCAUCAAACUGGACUUCAUUUGCUGGAACUAUGGGAUAUACAGCUCCAGAGUUUGCUUACACUGCAGAGGUAAACUGCAAAUGUGAUGUGUAUAGCUUUGGUGUGGUAACACUAGAAGUGCUUAUGGGGAAACAUCCUGGUGACCUUGUUACAUACAUUUCUUCAUCCUCACUCUCAGCAACUGCUGGAAUGCUUCUGAUGGAUUUGUUGGACCCUCGACUCUCAACUCCAAAAAAACACGAUGCACAACAACUUGUGUUGCUUGCAAAUAUAGGAGUCUCUUGUAUGAAUUCCAAUCCUCAAUGUCGGCCAACUAUGCAACAAGUUUCUAUGAUGCUAUCCAAGGAAAGGGAUUUUCCCGAUUUUUCCCCUGAGAUCACUUUAUGCCAGUUGUUUGGUCUUGAAUUUCGGAAUCCAUAAAUUUUUACACUAUUCAAGGUUGAGUGCUCAAACAUUGGCUGAUAUGCCACAAGAAAUCGUGAAAAUAAAUGGGUUCUCAGAUGGUGAUGUUAACUACAGUCCUUAAGGUAUAAGAUGGAUUUGUGCUUCCAGAUAAAGCUUUUCUUUACUUGACAGCGGUUCUGACUAAACGGAGGACAAGAAUGAAUGUGAGCUACUGAGCUGGUGCACCACGAUAUGGCUUGAGCUUGAACAUUUUAUAUAUUUAGUAUUCGUGAUAAGCAUGGGGCACAAGUCCUUGACUAGCAUCUAUUUAAGUUAUAUAAGGGGCUUAAGUGCUUGACAAAAGUCUUGAAUACAUUGAAAGUGAUGUGACCCAGCUUGCAGCUACCCAGCUGAGUGGUGAGAAUGACGUAGCUGGCUUUGAUGAUGGGGAAAAUGGCUCCGGGAAAAGAAGGUCUAGUUCAAAGCGUGCAAGUAUGGAAGCAAUGAUUUAUUUGUACUUGAAUGUAUGUGUACAUGAUGGGAUGGAGGUGGUUGAAAUAACAAUGGAUAUCCAUAUUACAUGUGAGGAGCUUGAUCAAAAUCUAUUUUGGACUCAUCUCAAACUGUGUUUAAUUAGUCACUUUUCACCAUGCACUCAUUUGGGCUCAAUUCACCUGUCAGCACCAUCAUGGGAGCUUUAUGGUUGCAAUCUGUUUUUGUAAGGCAUAGAGAUAGGGAUGAAAGUCAUAGACAUAGAUCUAAAUCCUAUGACAAAGAUAGAGAGGAAAGGCACAGCCAUAGAUCUCACUCAAGGGGAAGAUCUGGGCAAAGGUCUCCAUCUCCUACUCAAUCUCGGUCCCCAUCUCACUCUAAAAGGUCAGAUUCCCGGGACUGCACCAACCAUUCCUGGAAUAUUUCCGAACAUGUUGACUUUGGCACCUGGAUAGGCUACUAGACAUGCAUGGCGAGUUUAUGUUGGUGGACUUCCUCCAAGUGCUAAUGAACAGUUUUAAAAUAGAAGACUCUUCAUGAAUCCACUUAAAAAAAUGAUCAGAUGUACCUCUUGGAGCACGUACUAAGAUUUUCAGUGGAUAAAUGCGGUCAUCAAAGCUGUGGCUAAAGCUUUAUCACACAUGCAUCAUUGCAUGAUUGUUCACCUCUUAUAAUAUAAUUUAUUGGCCUGGGAUAUAUCUGUUCGAUUCUAAGCAUGAAGCUAGCUCAUGUAUAUGAUUUUGGGACGACAAGAAUUUUGAGGCAUAUAUGAUUUAUCAAAUUGGACUACAUUUGCCGAAACAAUGGGAUACAUAGCUCCAGAAUUUACUUACACUACUGAAGUUAAUUGCAAAUGUGAUGCGUAUACCUUUGGAUUGGUAACAACUGAAGUGAUUAUAUAUGGAAUAACAUCCUGGUGACCAUAUUACAUGCAUGCAUUUCUUCGUCCUCGGUCUCAACAGUGGAUGGAAUGCUUUCGAAGGAUCUAUAUAUUGGACCCUCGACUCUCAACUCUAGAAGUCCAGGAAGCACAAAAACUUGUGUUGAUAUGAUUGCAAAGAUAGCAGUGUCUUAGCUAGCUUGUAUGAAUUCCAAAAUCCACAUUAAUGUCGGCCAAUAAACUAUGCUACAAGUUUGUGUGAUGCUAUCCCAGGAAAGGGAGUUUUCCACUGAGAUCACCUUAAGGCCCACAGUUAUAGGGUUUGGUCUUGAAUUUGUGACUCCAAAAAUAUAUUAUUUGUUGGGAUGAGAAUGAUGCUUUGAGGGAGGAGGCCUGCCAUAUAAAGAGUUUGUGUUACGUUGUCUACAAAAGUCGAAUUUCAAAUCAUGUGAUUGCCAAGUCAACAAUUUGACAAACUCCGAAAGUAACUAACUUUCGUAAAGAAGAUUCUUAUGCAUACGUACAUUAGCAAGUCUUAAGUCAUCUAACAAUAAUAAUUAAUAUGUUACCUUUUUUUUUUUCAAUAUAUGUUCCAAUUGUGAUUAGUUGGCAACAAUAGAAGACUGCUUUUGGAGUCUUCCUACACCCUUUACAGUUCAAAUUAAUUAAUUAUAUCCAUUGUUGACUA